AUGAUUAAAUCUGUGCCCAUUUACCAGUGGCUUGUAAUGAACAUUCGAUGUGCACGGCCUGAAGACCUCAUAAAUACGCAGCAUGCCAAUCUUAUGUGUCUCCCAGAGAAUUAUCAAAUGAAGUACUACUUUUAUCAUGCUCUCACAUGGCCGCAGUUGUCCUACGUAGCAGAGGAUCAUAAGGGCAAUGUUGUCGGGUACGUGUUAGCGAAGAUGGAAGAAGAUCCUGAUGAAGAACCGCACGGACAUAUCACGUCAUUAGCUGUCAAGCGCUCCUAUAGGAGGCUCGGCUUAGCGCAAAAACUCAUGGAUCAAACUGCCCGGGCUAUGGUGGAAACAUUCAAUGCCCGAUACGUCUCCCUUCACGUCCGCGUGAGCAACAGAGCAGCAUUGAAUCUCUAUCAGAAUACGCUAAAAUUCACUGCCAGUGAGGUGGAGCCCAAAUAUUAUGCUGACGGCGAGGAUGCUUACGCCAUGAAGCGCUGCUUGGUGCAGUUUGCCACAGAGAAUAAUAUUGAACCAGCUGAUAGAGAGUCGUUCUUCGCCGUAAAAUCGAACGAGGAUAAAAAGAAGAAUAGACAAUGAUUUACAUCAAUAUUAUUCAUACCCUUGUGUUAUUAGUAUCUCCCACAAAACGGUG